GUUGGUUUUGACGAUAACGACUUCAAAUUGCAUAGAUCAUGGCAUAGUCGGCUGUCUUCCUUCAAGUACUUGCCCACGAAUAGAUAUAGUAUCACAUAUGCAACCAUUGGUUUUGAUAUUCGCUCUCUCUCUUACAAAGUUCCUUAUGUGGUAUCUCAACCCAGACAAAAAUCCACUACCUUGGCGAACGUACUGUCAAGAUACUUUGUCAUUCCCGCACGAGUUGGCGGAUAGCCUCGCACCAGUAACGAUUUUGGUUGGUGUAAUGUCUAUAGAUCGAUCCGCGGAAAGGCGAAACGUUAUACGACAGACAUAUGCUAGGAAGGCAUCACCGAGGGAUGGCACCCACGUACAGGUUAUAUUCUUUAUAGCACGGUCGCGUCCAUCGCUUAGACACGCUAUACAUCUCGAGCAAGAAACAUUUGGAGAUCUGGUUGUUCUCGACAUGAAGGAGAAUAUGAAUUCUGGGAAGACGUUUGAAUUCUUUAAUUGGGCAUCAAAACAUGCGUGGAUACCUGACCCCGCUACACUCCCUAGUCACCUCAUUAGUUACCCAUCUGCAUACAACCAUCAAGAUACUAAUGCACAUGAAAGAGUUAUUCAACAACCUAAUGAGGAUGGUUUUGAUGUUAAAUUGGAUAAUCUACGUAAGGAGUACCAACGAGGAUACCAAAGAGAUCAUCAUGAUAUCAACAACGAUGAUCCCUCUCAACACAUAUCUAAUUACGUCCCUGGCACGGGAGUUAAAUACAAAAGACCAGAUUUUGUCGUGAAAGCAGAUGACGAUAGUUUUAUUAUAUUAGGUGAACUCGAAAGACAUUUGCGCAUAUUACCAAAAAAGUUGGUUUAUUGGGGAUACCUUAUCAAGAAUAGAUUCAUGGGUGGACAAGCCUACGCAUUGUCAUUUGAUUUAGUGGAGUGGAUUGCCUCGAAUAAUUUCACCAGGGGUCACCAAAUCGGCGCCGAAGACAAUUUGACAGCGAGAUGGAUGAAGCAUCAUCCUAAGGCAAAUGAAAUUAACUGGGUUAGUGAGAGGUGUUGGAUCUACAAUCAUCCAAGAACACAUACCGUCUACAGCCAUGGGUUUUUGUUCCCAAGUGAGGUCACAAGAGUUAAAGAGGAAGCUAUACCUGGAUCAGUGAGUAUUGAUGAACAAAUACGGCGAGGUCAAGGAAAUAGAAACCAUUCAGAAGCAUACUCGACUGUGUUUAAAUGGGGAAAAGAAUACGAGGAACCACGUAAACAUCUCAGUGUGGUAGAUCGCGUGGCUGCACUAGUUGAAGGUGCCGACGAGAGUUUAAACUCUGAGGAGAAAAAGCAUGGAGUGGUAGGCCUACCAAGACAAUCGCUAUCUGAACGAUACGAAGGUCGACCAUGGGGUGGCACAAUAAUUGUCCAUUUCAUCAAACGACAUGAAUGGUUUUAUGAAACAGCCUUGGCAUUCCUUACAGAUUGGUCACUUAUACCACAUUCAAAACCUAUUGCAUCAAAGAAUUACUGGACUAAGACUAACGCGUUACAUAAUAAAGAUGACGACUUCGAUCGACAAAGAGGAUACAGACUAAUCGAUAUCACAGAUGGAGCUGACGUCUACAGAUUCCGAACGUCUUUGGAACCUUUUCCAACUAAUUAAAAACUUGUAUAAGGAAUAGAAGAAAACAUACCCCUCGAACAAUUUUACAGUUAAAUCUAGUUGCUCUAUAUUGUAAUUCUAUAAUAGCAUUUUUGUUAGUUUUUUAAAUUAC